AUGAAGUCCUUCGCCCCAGUUGCGCUGGCCCUGUUCGCCGCUGUCGGCAUGGUGACUGCCGCCGAUAUGAGCACCUCGGACUGCGCUAACAUGUGCAUUUCCAACAUGAAUGCCAAGGCGUCCGAGCUGGGCUGCUCGUCUGGCGAUAUGGCCUGCCUGUGCAAGAGCCAGGACUACGAGUGGGGUGUCCGUGACUGCACCGACCAGGCCUGCCCCGGCUCUAACCCGCAAGAGGCUGUCCAGAUGGCUCUAUCCAAAUGCUCUGGCGGCUCCGGCUCCGGAUCUGGAUCUGGAUCGGAAUCAAGCUCUGCCGCUGCUGGCGGUGCGACGACUAGCAUCAUGACCGAUACCACCACUUUGACUGGCACCAAUGGCCAGCCCACGGCCACUAUGACCAACACUGAGACUGAGACCAAGACCGGCAAUGAGCACCUGGUGAGACCCUUGCAAGUCUUUGAUGAUGAUUCUUUACUGACUGCGACAUUAGACUACCAUAACUUCCGGCACUGGAGCCGAUGCUACUACCUGGACCACCAUGCAGACCGGCACCAAGACCAACAUGGCUCGACAUCCACUGGCGCGGCUAUGCCCAUGGCCACCGUCGGCAGCGGUGCAGCUGUCCUGGGUCUGGCUGCGAUGCUGGUGCUGUAA